AGCCCUGGACCGGACCAGAUCAGCCGCGUCGGUCUCCGACUCGUAUCGUGUUCGUGCCGCACCCGUCCUCCCCAUCUCCAGCCUCCACCCACCUUCGCCUCCCUUCGCUCUGCCGACUCCUCUCUCCACUUCCGCCAUGGCCCCCCAGCCCGCCUUCCUCUCCACCCUCCGCUCCAGCCUCCGCUCUCCGCUGCCGCCUUCGCACCCGCGCCUCCAGCCCAGCCGCGGCUACCACGUCGAGCUCGGCGCUCGCGAGAAAGCGCUUUUGGAGGAGGAUUCUGCUUUAAAAAGGUUCAAGUCGUACAAGAACAGUGUGAAACAGGUCUCGAAGAUUGGGAAUGUUCUCACUCUCGCUGUUGUUGUUGCCUGCAGCUAUGAGAUCGCUGUAUUGGCCACAAGCACAAAAUGAAGGAAAGCACAAUCACGCAUGCGCCCAGAACUUCCAGAUGUGAUUCGUCAGCGUAAACUGGCAUUGCAUCACUUCCUGUUUUGAGCUUCCUUGGCCGAUUAUAUAAAAUAAAAUAAACUAGGUUAACCUUGUUAGCGAAUAACAUUCUGGUUUCAUGGCCUAGCGUUACUUGUAAACAAAGUGAUCUAAGCUUUACAUCUUGAUUUCAUUUC